AUGACUGAAGGCGACACUCCAACUGUGCGUCCAACAGGGAUCCAGUCAAUUUCACUUCAAGAGGAUAAUGGUAUUCAGUCUGAUGAGAUCGAUUACCCCGAUGGCGGGCUCAAGGCCUGGAUGGUCGUCGUCGGAGCUUGGUGCGCAAUGGUCCCCCCCAUGGGCCUGCUCAACACCUUGGCUGUCCUCCAGGCCUGGAUCUCUGAGAAUGAACUGAAGGGCAUCUCUGAGAGUAAAACAGGAUGGAUAUUUAGCUGCUACGCCUUCUUCAUAACGGCUUGUGGCGCGCAAGUUGGCCCUGUCUUUGAUGCUUACGAUAUCAAACUACUACUUCUCCCUGGGUCAAUUGGGGUUGUUGCGUCCCUGAUCUUCAUGAGCCUAUCCACCGAGUUCUACCACUUCCUCCUCUCCUUUGGCGUUCUUGGAGGUAUAUCUUCAUCCUUACUAUUCAACCCCAGUCUGUCAGCCAUAGGGCAUUGGUUUUGUAAGCGCCGCGCUUUCGCCACUGGCCUGGCUUGUAGCGCCGGCGGUAUUGGAGGCAUCAUCUUCUCAAUCAUCAUUCUAUAUCUAACGCCACGUAUCGGCUUCCCUUGGGCCAUCCGAGUAGUUGCGUUCUUGUCACUUGGCCUCCUCAUUGUCGCCAACAUAUUCCUGAGAAAGCGCAUACCUCACAACAAAAAGGCCAAAGCUUACAUCGACUUUGGUCUUUUUAGAGACGUCAACUUUUCAGUCACGGUUGCAGCCAUCUUCCUUGUUGAAUUUGCCGUCUUUAUCCCUUAUACAUAUCUGUGCUCAUAUGCGCUCUCCUACGGUUUCAGCUCACGCCAAGCAUACCUGCUCAAUGUCCUCUUAAACGCUGGCGCCAUCCCUGGCCGAGUUCUUCCUGGUUACAUCGCCGAUCGUUUCGGCGCUUUCAACACGAUGAUUGUCACGGCUCUGUCCUGCGGGGCUUUUAUCCUAGGCUUAUGGUUAAUAGCAGACGGGGAUCACGCUCGGGUCAUGGCAUUCUCGGUGCUUUUUGGCUUCUGGUCAGGUGCAGCCAUUAGCUUAUCACCAGUUUGUGUGUCUCGAGUAUGCAGAAUCGAGGACUAUGGAAAGUCAAAUGGAAUGGCAUAUUUCGUCGCAAGUUUCGGAGCCUUGGUUGGCAUUCCUAUUGCUGGUGCUUUGCUGGACGGAAGCGAAGAUGGUUACCGAAACCUGAUCAUCUUUGCAGGCGGGUUUUACAUGGUCGCCAGCAUUGCAUGCUGUAUCGCUCGAGGAGUAGCAGGAGGAUGGAAGCCGGCACUAUUCUAG